CCAUAAACUACACCUAUUCGAGGGCUCUAGAGGAGCAGCUGGCUGCACUAUGAAUUCCCUCUACACGCACGGCGUCCGGCAAACAAACUCGCUCACUGCCGAUCUCGAGCGGCUACGGAAUGGAGAUAAUUCAGCAUCCCUCCUAGGACAGAUAUCCGCCUCACUCGCUGCGAUGCACAGAACCAUUGAGGAUUAUGAUUCGAUGGCCAAGAGGGAAAUAAUAAAGGCGAAGCAGGAGAAAGGGCAAAUGCGUGUGCAGAAGUUCCGCUCCGACUAUGCAGAACUGAAGAGUCAGUUUGAAUUAAUCAAAACCGAGAAAGCUGCGGCACAGCGAAGCGAACUUCUAGGUGGUACUUCAAACAUGCUAUCUCCUUCAUCUGACACAAGACGACGGUUCACGCCAACUGCUACUGCCUUGAAUGGUGGAGUGUCCCCGUCACAACACUCCGAGUCACCUUUCCGGACGCAAACACCAAUAUCGGGCUCAACACUUCGUGAAAGUCACGCAUUACACGAGCACUCGUUUAUCCAGAAUACGGAGACAAGGUUGGAUGAGUUCCUUGCGCAAGGGCGGGAAGUGCUGGACAAUCUGGUGGAUCAACGGAAUGUUCUUAAGGGGACGCAGAGACGACUCUUGGAUGCAGCAAAUACAAUGGGUCUCAGUCGAGACGUUAUAGGGUGGAUCGAGAGAAGAAGUACGCAGGAUAUGUAUAUCUUCUUUGGCGGGGGAGUGUUCACGUUUUUCUGUUUCUGGUUGAUAUGGCAUUACAUAGGCUAACUCAGCCUAAAUAAUUUGUCUGCUGGACUUGUAUAUAUCGCCUGCAUACGUACUCUUCGUUUAGUUUUGUCCAGCAAUAUUCACGCUGUCGUGUCAGGAGUUGCGGCACUUGCCGGGCUGACGCCGCUUCC